AUGCCUACAACUAUAAACUUGAUGUACGAAGCAACACCCCCCAUUACUACCUCGCAUGGUACUUCCUCUAACACUUGGGUGCGCUUACCAGUUGCAGUCCGCAACUCUACUCCAGUUGCAACUGCUGUUGGACAGAAUACUGAAUCAUAUUCAUCGGAGAUUGAUAUCAAAGAUGACUCACCCCAUCCAAUAAGCACCGAUACAUCAACCGACAUCAAUGAUGACUUUUCCGAUUUAAUAGGCGGUGCUGAGCAAUCGGGUGUUAGCAAGGAAAAUAUUAGAGGAGCGCCUCCGUAUCUCCUCAAAGAUAAUUACAUUGUUACAUUAGCCAAGUUAAACUGGCAUGCCGCUUACGCAUUUUGCGACCAAAAUAACUGGAGUUUGCUGCGUAUAGAAACACCCAUGCAGCAAUUUGAAGUGCAGACUUACUUGAAUUUUUUUAAUCUCCAGGGCAAUGAUUUUUGGAUAGCCGGCAACAAUUUCGCUGAUUUGCGGAACUUUCGCUGGGACUAUGAUGGACCUUCAUUCAGAUAUUCAAAUUGGGCAUUUGGACAACCUGAAAAUUAUAGGGGUGGAGAGUAUUGUGUGAAAUUGUUUAAGAACUCUCUGCAAUGGGGUGAUGAUUCUUGCGACAAUACUUAUCACUUCAUUUGUCAAAGAUAUAAUAAUACCAAUAUAACACCGAGAACGCCUCAUUGA